AUGGCUAAUGAUUUUUUAUUAUCAAUUUCAACAAUAAGAAAAACAACUCAAAGUAAUAGUUUACUUGCUGGACAACUCACUAACUAUGACCUUAUUAGACUAAAUAAUAACGAUGUGGACACAUAUUCUUAUUCAUAUAGUAAUUUUAGUUGUGCAUCUUCAGCAACAUGUGCUAAUGAACCUCCAGUUUAUUCUUCCAAAAAUAGCGGAGUACUAUUUACUGUACCAGGCAUAUACAUAGGAUGUUAUAUAAUUGAAGCAUUACUUCAAUCAAAUCUUCAAUACUUUUAUAACAAAACUUGUAUAAAUAAAAUGCAAUUAUAUUUCACCAAAUAUUUAUUAAUGAAUUUAACAACACUUGAGAUUUCAUUAUUAGUUGAAUUUCAUAUGAAUUCUACAAUACAACAACUUGUUGAUAAGUUGAUGGUUGAAGAAUGGAAUUCAUCAACAAUAAAUGAUGGUUAUUAUAAUGAAUGUCGAUCAUCAAAAUAUAGUUGCAGUUAUCAAACAAAGAAUGAUGCAAUCUAUAUAAUAACAACAGUGGUUGAACUAACAGUAUUUUAUUCAAUUAUGAAUUUUUUAACAACCUACGAAACACCUUUACGAUCUUAUAUUCAAUCUCGUAUCAAUGUUCUGGAAAAUGCACUUCAAGAAGAAGUUAGAAAUCGUGAUAAUGUCGAUAUUACACUUCUUGAACAACAAUUUGAUCGAGAAUCAGAAAACUUUAUUGCUGGUGUAACAAGACGAGUUCAUCAAAUUCGUGAUGAAAUCAAAACAUAUCGUCC